AACCGUAGUUUCCCGAAAGAAGUGUAUGUAUUAGAUACCAUUUCCGCUUUCGUGCGCAUGUGUACAGCGGAACUCAGAUUUGGGAGGAUACACAAGCCGGUCAUUGAAUCAAGAUGAGCUGUGUAAGAUUUGUUUCCUGUGGUGUUGCUGCAAGAUGCAUGAGAGGAGCAUCUGUCAACCUUACUAGACCAAUGACCAAUGCCGUUGUGGCUCAGAGAUUUGAGACGAGACAGUUUAGAACAACAGCAACACGACAGGAUAUUGAUCAAGCUGCAAAAUACAUCGGAGCUGGAGCAGCCGCUGUAGGUGCAGCUGGAUCUGGGUCUGGAAUUGGAACAGUGUUUGGAAGUCUGAUCAUAGGAUAUGCCAGGAAUCCAUCAUUGAAGAACAAUCUAUUUACCUAUGCUGUCUUAGGAUUUGCAUUGUCAGAGGCCAUGGGUCUCUUUUGUUUCCUUUUGGCAGCUGGUAUUUUGUUUGCUUUCUAGGUAUUGUAAAAGACUUAACAGGAAGAGUUUGAUAGAUGUUAUGAUAUAAAUAAACAUGUGAAACUACACAA